AUGGAUAUGCUUCUAUCUCUCAAUUCUUCUCCAAGCAUCGACUCCUUACUGCUAGUCACCGGGUGGUAUAACCUACCAUCCCUUGCAGACGGCAUGGGUCAACCUCGUGGCAAGCGGAACAUCGACCAAGUCGAUCUCACUGUCGACGAUGAGGCCACUACCCAACCAGGCAAAAGAGCAACGCGUCAUACGCCUCGUAGCAGCACAACGACGCCUGCCCAGCGGUUGGGCGAGAGCACUGAAUUCGUGCCCUUCAGCCAGACCUCAAACAUCAUCAAUAUAAGUGAUGACGAUGAGGAAGAUGCCGAAGCCGAGAACUUGGUCCAGGGGAGUCAGGAUGACACGGCGUACUAUAGCUUCAUGCACUACGGUAACCUGCCUACGAAGAUCGUGGGCGUGAGGUAUUACAACGGCUACGCGACCGUCGGCGAGCAUGUGACUCUCGCGCGCCAGGCUGAUAACCCGUAUGACUCGAACGCGAUCCGUGUGAUGAAUGUCAUGGGGAACCAGAUCGGCCAUCUUCCUCGAGAUGUAGCGGCUCGACUGGCUAAGUACAUGGAUAAUAGGUCGCUGUUCAUCGAAGGCAUGUUGACGGGGCAGAUUGGGACAUUCACAUGCCCGGUUGUCCUCAAGUUGUAUGGCACCAGUCAUCCGGAAGAACGACAGCGACUGAAGCGCUCGAUGCUCGACGAUCGGCUCCCUCUCACCGAGUUCAAUCGGCGGGAGACACAGGAGCGUAAGCUGCACGAGAAGAUGGAGAGGGAUGCCGCUAAGAGGGGCCUUGCGCUGGCGUCUGGCAUUGGAAUGAACGCGGCUUCUAAUGAUCUUUUCAUUGCCGAGGGUCUCGGUAUACCUCGCGAGAGACUGGAAGACAUUAUUGGCCAGAGCAGCACUUUUGAUCCUCGGAAUAUCGGCCAGGUCGCGGAGAAUUUUGGUCUCAAUGAGACUGACCUGGUGAAUAUGCCGAUGGCGGAUACGCCCGCGUCGCUGUCGACUGAAUUGCUCCCGUACCAGCGCCAGGGUUUGGCGUGGAUGGUCGAGAAGGAAUCUCCGAAGUUUCCCGCGUCUGGCUCUGAAGAGGUGGUCCAGCUUUGGAAGAGAGCUGGGAAAAAGUUCACCAAUAUUGCCACCAAUUAUUCCACAGCUAUUGAACCCCCGCUGGCCAGUGGAGGUAUCUUGGCUGAUGAUAUGGGCUUGGGCAAGACAAUCCAGAUCAUAUCGUUGAUUUUGGCCAAUCCGCAACCCAGGACUUCGGGAGCCUCAAAGACCACACUGAUUAUCGCCCCUGUUGGGGUUAUGAGCAACUGGAAAAACCAGAUCAAAGAUCAUACCCACAAGGAGAAUACUCCGAGCGUGCUUAUCUACCACGGCCCUGGGAAGAAAGAGGCCGAAAAGCUCGAUCAGUACGACGUAGUUAUCACCAGCUAUGGAGCUCUUGCAGUGGAGUAUAAACCGAACACCAAAGCAACACCAAAGCGUGGAUUGUUUGCUGUGCAUUGGCGUCGUGUAGUUCUCGAUGAAGGGCAUACCAUUCGAAACCCUAGGGCCAAGGGUGCCUUGGCAGCCUGCAGCCUUCGCGCAGAUUCUCGCUGGACCCUGACUGGUACACCGAUCGUGAACAGUUUGAAGGACCUUUACUCACAGAUCCGCUUCUUGAGACUGUCGGGUGGCCUGGAAGAUAUGGCAGUCUUCAACAGUGUUCUCAUUCGUCCUCUAACAUACGAGGAUCCCAAGGGUCGUCUGCUUCUCCAGGCAUUGAUGAGUACCAUCUGCUUGCGGCGACGGAAAGACAUGGAAUUUGUGAACCUGCGUCUCCCAGCCCUUACGUCGCGUGUGCUGCGGAUCAAAUUUCACCCCCAUGAACAGGAGAAAUAUGACAUGUUCCAGUAUACGGAAGCCAAAGGCAUGCUCAUGGACUUCAAGUCUCGCGAAAAGGGCGGCACCAGCUAUUCCCAUGUCCUCGAGGUUCUCCUCCGGAUGCGACAAGUGUGCAAUCAUUGGGCGCUGUGCAAGCAUCGCGUUGAUGCGCUCACAGGCCUGCUAGAGAAGCACAAGGUCGUCCCUCUGACGCCGGAAAACAUCAAAGCUCUCCAAGACAUGCUGCAACUAAGGAUCGAGAGCCAAGAGAUGUGCCCUAUCUGUCUAGACACACUGGAGCACCCCGUGAUCACCGCCCGUGGCCAUUCAUACGACCGAGACUGCAUCGAGCAAGUCAUCGAGAGACAGCACAAAUGUCCUCUCUGCCGGGCCGACAUCAAAAACACAGCCACCCUAGUCGCCCCGGCCGCCGCACUAGGUGAAAGCGCCGACGACGACAUCGUCGCGGACCCCAACAAUCCCAGCAGCAAGAUUGAGGCCCUCAUCAAGAUCCUGACCGCCCAGGGCCAAGCUCUAGGCACAAAAACCGUGGUCUUCAGCCAAUGGACCUCCUUCCUCAAUCUCGUUGAACCGCACCUACAGCGCCACCGCAUCAGUUUCGUCCGCAUCGACGGCAGCAUGUCCUCAACGGCCCGCGACAGCUCCACAUACAAAUUCUCCAACGACCCGGGCUGCAAGGUCCUCCUCGCCAGUCUCAGCGUCUGCAGCGUCGGCCUCAAUCUGGUCGCCGCCAACCAGGCCAUCCUCGCCGAUAGCUGGUGGGCCCCCACGAUCGAGGAUCAGGCCGUCGACCGCGUCUACCGCCUCGGCCAGAAACGCGAAACCACCGUCUGGCGCCUCGUCAUGGAGAAUACCAUCGAGGACCGCGUCCUGGAGAUCCAGGAUACAAAGCGGAAGUUGAUGCUCGCCGCGUUCCGCGAGACGAGCAAGAAGGUCGAUGAUCGGGCGACGAGGAUCGCUGAUCUGGAGAGACUCCUCGUCUGA